AUGAAUUAUGAUAUGAUUAGGGAUGUAUUGAAAGCAUGUGGUUUGAACCCAGAAUAUGGUAUUCAAAAACUUAUUGAAAAGUGUCUCGUGACUGUUGGUAAAGAUAAAUAUUUGUUGAUGCAUGAUCUACUACAACAAAUGGGUAAGAACAUUGUUCGACGAGAAGCACCACAAGAGCCCGAAGAACGUAGCAGACUAUGGUGUUUUGAGGAAGUUCUUGAUGUAGUAACUGAAAAUAUGAUUUGUGCAUCCCUAACAUAUGUGGACUUCAGUGAGUGCAAAUUGAUUAGAAAAAUACCUGACUUAUCAAUGACCCCAAACAUAACGAAAUUGAAUCUUAGAUGGUGUCGAAAUUUAGUUGAGAUUGAUGACUCCAUGGGGCAUCUUGAUAAGCUUAAAGUGUUGGACCUUGGGGGUUGCCAUAAACUUGAAACUCUUCCAAGCUGUCUCACAAUGAAAUCUCUUACAUCUUUUAAUCUUGUACUCUGCAAUAGGCUUAAGAAGUUCCCCAAUAUCUUGCACGAAAUGAAAGAUUUAAAAUCUUUACAUCUGGGGAACUGUACCAAUGAGUUGCCUCUGUCAUUUGGGAAUUUGAUUGGGCUUAAGGACUUAAUUUUAACAAUUUGUUUCAGAGGACAGGCACAUCUUCCAUGUAGCAUCUAUAAUUUACAUAUAGAGAGGCUUGAACUUUCUGGCAAUUUCAUAUUUCUAAAGGAUGUGGAGAUUGAUAGACAGCCACUGUGCAAUUCUCUUGGUUGCUUUUCCAAAUAUGUUUUUCCAAGCUUGAAACAGCUGUCUUAA